AUGGAGUGGGUUUUCAUAUCAUUGUCUAGAACUCCGGCCCUGAUCCCUGGUGCACGGUCUUCAGUUUCGGGUGAUUCGGCCAUUUCCUCUCUUCCGAUCACUCUCGAUCGAACUAUGAAUGGUCAGCGUUUGAAAUGCGAAGCGAUGAAUUCAGCCCUCGACGAACCUCUUGUGGACUCCAAGCAACUAUCCGUUCUCUUUGGACUAAAUAAGGCUAUUGCAGUUCAACCGAGACGAGUGAUAAUUCGCACCCCGGAAGGCACCCGACAUCAACUUUUAGCUGGCGAAGAGGCGAAACUGCACUGUCUAGCUGCUGGUUCAAAUCCACCUGCUCAAAUCACAUGGAAUUUCCAUCCAAAUGGCGAACCAAAUCCACUCGUGUUCACUGGAGAGACAAUACUGAAUGAAACAUCACGCGAUGCUGGCCACACCAUCGAAAACGCGGUUACAUUCACGCCGACUGAGGAAUACGACGGAACACUCGUGCGAUGUAUUGCGAGCAAUCUGUUGUGGCCAACAUCGAAGAAUGCUACAUAUCCGUUGAAUAUUCUCUAUGCGCCCCGAUUAGUGGUGAAUAGCCCAAUCAGUAUUGUUGUGGCCGAAGGAGACUCAUUCCGAGAGAAUCUUACCGUCAAGGGGAAUCCGCCUGUGUCAGCAUGGCGGUGGCGUAAAAACGGCAUACCGUUCGAUCACACUAUUGGAAAUGUAUUCGCACGUGGCGCUACACUUUCUGGGCGAAUUGUAAAGAGCUCCGAUGCCGGUAUGUAUACGCUAUUCGCCGUGAACAGCGUCGGAACCGCUAAUGUUACGAUCCAGCUUACUGUGGAGUAUAGUGCACGGGUCACAAGCAUCUCUUCUCCAAUAAUCGCGUCCGAAGGUGAGCUUGUUGUGCUAGAGUGCGAAGCUGACGGUGAACCACGUAAGCCGAAUAUGGUGCAAUGGUUGAGAAACGGACAAGAGAUACCCGCUAUAAGAAAAAGUGAGACUCAUGUGACUUUACGAUUGAACGCCACGAAAGAAGCCGCCGGUCAGUACGUCUGCCGUGCCGACAACGGUAUCGGAUUUCCAGGAGAAGGCACGGCUUACUUGUUGGUAAACACCGCACCAAAGAUCAUGGCUCUACCGUUCCUAUCACGAGCUGCAGGACCUCUUGGUAGGAUACCCGCUAUAAGAAAAAGUGAGACUCAUGUGACUUUACGAUUGAACGCCACGAAAGAAGCCGCCGGUCAGUACGUCUGCCGUGCCGACAACGGUAUCGGAUUUCCAGGAGAAGGCACGGCUUACUUGUUGGUAAACACCGCACCAAAGAUCAUGGCUCUACCGUUCCUAUCACGAGCUGCAGGACCUCUUGGAGGUCGUGCUCGCGCCCGAUGUCGUGCUCAUGCUGUCCCAGACGCGGAUUUCGUUUGGGAUCGAGCAGGCGAGAUUAUUCAGGGUAACAACUCAAAAUACGGGAUGUUCACGAUACAACUCGACUAUUCGACAUUCGAGAGUACAUUGUGGAUAAGCAACUUAUCACCAGACGAUUACGCAAACGAUAUUAGAUGUACGGCUAGGAACAGCUUCGGGACGGAUAGCUUUCAUAUUCCGAUUGGGCCUCCGUCUCCGCCAGAUGCUCCACUCGAUAUUCAUGUGACAAACGCUACCUCAAACACCAUUUCAAUAUCAUGGACACCUGGCUUUGAUGGUGGUUCAGACCAGACUUUUGAAGUGAGAUAUCAGAAGGAUGGCGAGGAAGGAAUGCAUGGCGUCAACACUUCACACUCGAAUCUUCGAUUGUCUGGAUUGGCGCCAUCUUCUAUAUACCUUUUUCAACUGCGGUCCAUUAACAGCCGAGGGUUCACUUCCGAACUGACCCGACCGCCGGCUGCCUUUGCCACUCUGAGUGAAGACGGUAUGGGUGUCGCUGUAAUGGCAGGAAGGAAGGAGUCGAUCCCGCGCCCAGUGAUCAUGCUGCUCGCCAUUGGAGGAACUGUGCUAUUGUUGUUCAACUGCCUCCUUCUCUGUUACCUCCAACGACAAAAGACUGAGAUGGUGCGUACCGCAAUAAAUGGUGAAGGUGUGCGGCCGGUCCAAAUGUACGGGACGAUGUUGCAGGCCGAGGGAGCUGUGCGAUGUGAGCGAGAAGAACACGAUAUUCCUGAGGCGAGUGAGGACGAUCACAGCGUACGCACAAUGAUUGAAGUAAAUCCCAACGGUUAUAUGCAGCAAAUCGAUCCAUCACUUUAUGAGCGGAAUUGUCUUGUAGAAUACGAAUUCGAUCCUCGUGACUACCCUAGCAGUAGACAUGGAACGAUGGGUAGAAGCGGAACUGGCACGUACACCAAUAUGCCCUAUCCGGAACCACCACACGACGCUUCUGUAUAUUCGGAUCGCUCGAUUUCUCGCCGCCAGUACAUUCCAAAUAAUAACAACAACAAUAGCCCUCAACACCUUUUAUCAACGUUCAUCCAGCCGACGGGAGUACGCCCUGGACCGCUUUCCUACUCGCAACUCGACGGCGAUUUAGUUUAG